AUGGGUUCUGGAGGCAGCCUGGGGUUGUUUGUGUUGUGCUGGGUGCUGGCUGAGGCUGUGUCCUCCAGCCCCUGGCGUGUCCCUCCAAGGGGCUCAAGGGUCUUGGAGGUGCGGGGGGACUCCUCCUGGAGCCAUCCGAGGGUGCCUUCCUUCUCCCAGCCCUCUCCCUGGGCAUGGGUGGAUGUCUCCCAGCUCCAGGCUGCGGCCCCACUGCACCCUGUGUCCGUUGAGUGCCAGGAGGCGCAGGUGGUGGUGAGGGUGCACAGGGACCUCUUUGGCACAGGACACCUGGUCAAGGCUGGGGACCUGAGGCUGGGCUCAGCUGGCUGCUUGCCGGUGGGGCAGGGUGCUGCUGAGAGCAGGGUGACCUUUGUGGCUGGGCUGCACGAGUGUGGCAGCAGCCUGCAGCUGACCCCUGACUCCUUGAUCUACAAAACCAGUUUGUCCUACAAGCCUACUCCUUCUGGCAACCUGGGGAUUGUGAGGACCAACCCGGCUGUGGUUCCUAUUGAGUGUCACUACCCCAGGAAGGGCAAUGUGAGCAGCCACGGUGUGCGGCCCACGUGGGCUCCCUUCCGCUCCACCCUGUUGGCGGAGGAGAGGCUGACGUUCUCCCUGCGCCUCCUGACCGAUGACUGGAGCAGUGAGAGAGUCUCCAAUGGCUUCCAGCUGGGGGAGAGGCUGCACCUGGAGGCUGCUGUGGCUUCUGGGGGCCAUGUCCCCCUGAGGCUCUUUGUGGAUGAGUGUGUGGCCACCCUGAGUCCCGACAGGACCUCCUCUCCCCGAUAUGCCUUGAUUGAGCUUGGCGGGUGCUUGGUGGAUGGGAGAUCAGAGGACAGCUCCUCAACCUUCAUCUCUCCAAGGCUGAGGCAGGACACGCUGCGCUUCACAGUGGAUGCCUUCAAGUUUGCAGGAGAUGAGAGGAACUUGAUCUAUCUCACCUGCCAGCUGAAGGUCUCCCCAGAGGACCAAGCCCCAAGUCCCUGGAACAAGGCCUGUUCCUUCAACAAGGCCAGCAGCCUCUGGGCUCCAGUGGAGGGCACAGGAGACAUCUGCAGCUGCUGUGAGACAGGCAACUGUCCAUCGCAUGGAGGAUACUCCCAGAGAAUCCACCCUCCAGCCAGAUGGUCCGGGAGGCGCUUGAAGAGAGACAUCCCUUCCAAGCAAGGUGGGUCCUCAAUGGUGGCAGAGGCUGAAGUCUCCCUUGGACCACUAGUGAUCCUUGAUCCAGCUCAGGAAUUGUGGACUUCCUCAGGAGGUCCUGCCCCAGCAGGGAAGACCCCACCUGGUGGGUCCUCCGUGGUGGCAGAGGCUGAAGUCUCUCUUGGACCACUAGUGAUCCUUGAUCCAGCUCAGGAAUUGUGGACUUCCUCAGGAGGUCCUGCCCCAGCAGGGAAGACCCCACCUG